CCCACCUGCACUCAAAGAUUUUUUUUUAUCAUGAAGAGACAAAACGCCAGGACUCUGGCCCUCAUUAUCAGCAUCCUCGCCUACCUGGUGGUCGGAGCGGCCGUUUUCGAGACCCUGGAGUCGAAACAGGAGAAGAGUCACAAGCGGAAGCUCGACGCCAGAAAGUACGAACUCAUGCGCAAAUAUAACUUGACCAAAGAGAACUUCGAGGAGCUGGAACACGUCAUUUUACAGCUCAAACCUCACAAAGCAGGGGUUCAGUGGAGAUUUUCCGGGUCAUUUUACUUCGCCAUCACUGUGAUUACAACGAUUGGUUAUGGCCAUGCAGCGCCCAGCACCGACUCAGGGAAAGUGUUCUGCAUGUUCUACGCUCUCCUGGGUAUCCCGCUCACCCUGGUCAUGUUCCAGAGCCUGGGCGAGCGGAUCAACACGUUCGUCAGGUACCUGCUGCACCAAGCCAAGAAGUGCCUGGGAAUGCAUCAGACUGAGGUCUCCAUGGCCAACAUGGUGACAGUGGGCUUCUUCUCUUGCAUGAGCACCCUGUGCAUAGGGGCCGUGGCGUUUUCCAGCUGCGAGGGAUGGAGCUUCCUCCAUGCCUUCUAUUUCUGCUUCAUCACACUUACUACUAUUGGGUUUGGAGACUAUGUAGCUCUGCAGAAGGAUGACGCUCUACAGAAUGACCCACGCUAUGUGGCUUUCUGCUUUAUUUACAUCCUGAUGGGCCUGACAGUGAUUGGAGCAUUCCUGAACCUGGUGGUGCUUCGCUUCUUGACGAUGAACACUGAGGAUGAGUGGAGGGAUGCCAAACAGAAGGCCUUGAUGUCCGUCAGUAAACCCAGGGGAGAGGUGACUCGUUUAAUUCCCUUGUCAGCCUCAACAUCCUCCACACCUGUAACAGACAACACGACAAAGGCUAAAGAUUUAAAAGGUGUCUACACUGAGGUGCUGCAUUUCCAGACUAUUUGUUCUUGCCUGUGGUACAGGAGCAAGGAGAAGCUGCAGGGCUCCACCAUGAUCCCUCAGGAGCUGACGUUCUCUGAAGCAUACAUGCAGCAGAACAGUAAUUGUCCUCACUACAUGGAGCCCGGAUCAACAGGCUGUGUUUGCAGUCCACGUCAGUGCACAAGCAUAAGCUCCAUAACAACGGGCCUACACAUUCUCUCUCCGUUCAGAGUGUUUAAAAGACGCAGCUCCGUCUAGCCUUCAGUACAGCAGAUUUCAGGAAAGCACAGUAUGUCUAAACUGCCAAGAGGAGAACAGAUACUUGACAGUCCUCACAGCAAAGACAUGACUGCAAGUAGAUGUUUGUGGUGCUAUAAUCCCAGUAAACCAACAGUAGGACACACAAAAGGGAAGAGCACAUACAAUGCUGGAAACAGCAAAGUCUUAAUCAAAUAUGUACUUGAGAAGCACACAGUAUUCUGACUUGAGUCUUUUAAUGGGGUGGCACGGUAGAGCAGUGAUAACCGCUGUUGCCUCACAGCAAGAAGGUCCCGGGUUUGAGCCCCGGCUGCCCG